CGCCCUGAAUCUGUCAACAAACACCUUUGCUCUGAUAGAUAUAUCCCCCGACAACUCUGGAGCUGCGAAUCACCGUCCUCCUCCGUACAACUAUAAAACCCGCCGCCAUUCCUAUCCCGCCGGCGAGGAGCCAGGCUGUGCAUUUUGCUGCUCCCUAUUGAUCCAAUACUCUGUUAACUUCAAGAGUUUAUAGUCUGAUUGCAAUUGAGUAUCAUAGGUUGAGGUAGCUUUUGUUUAAUUCUGCGCUUUAGCAGUUUUUGUUUGUUCUUCAAUUCUGCCGGUCAUGAAUAUCUCGCUGCCUCUGGAUCAGCUCCAGAGCGGCUGUGGAUAUGCGCGUUCUUUGGCGGAGCCAAACAAUUUCAGAGAAAAGCUUCGACUCUCCGGGCAUUUAUCCGUGAACAGUGAUAAAAAGCAGCGGAGCUUGUUUUCGCGGAUUAAAUGCUCAUUUGUGGAGCCCGGCUUGGUUAGACCACCCCGUCCUAUAUCCAAACCGAAGCCGUCGAAGAUGGAGGAUGUUUUGAGGGAAGAAAUUCGUGGCGAUGAGACUCCAAGGGAGGAUUUGAGAUCCAGCAUCUGUGAGGAGAUUGAGAAGCUGGUUUCGCACAAAAGGUACCGCGAAGCACUCGAAUUCUUCGACAUUUUGUAUUGCGCGGGUGACCUUGACGUUGGUGUGACAACCUACGAUGCAUUGAUCAAUGCUUGUAUGGAGUUGAGGUCAAUUAGAGGCGCCAAGCGGGUGUAUGAUCAUAUUGUGAGGUCUGGGUUUCGACCUGAUAUGUAUAUGAGUAACAGGAUAUUGCUGAUGCAUGUGAGAUGUGGUUUGAUGUUAGAUGCUCGGCAGUUGUUCGAAGAAAUGCCCCAAAAAAACUAUGUUUCUUGGAACAAAAUGGUUGCGGGGCUUGUGGAAUCGGGCGAUUAUGUAGAGGCCUUCCAGUUGUUUAUAAGGAAGUCGGAGUACUCUGACGCUGGGCCUCGACUGAUUUCCCCCAUGAUUGUAGCAGCUGCAGGUUUGGAGCUCAUUUCUGCAGGAAAACAAUUGCAUUGUUUUGCUGUGAAGUUGGGGCUUGCUGAUGACAUAUUCAUAUCCUGUUCUUUGAUUAAUAUGUACAGCAAGUGUGGCAGCAUAGAAGAUGCUCAGUUUGUGUUUGAUGAAAUGCCGGAGAAGACCUCAGUUGGAUGGAAUACUAUCAUUGCUGGCUAUGCUUUUAAUGGAUAUAGCGAGGAGGCUUUGUGUCUGUACUAUGAAAUGCAAGAAGCUGGAGUUCAGAUGUCAAGUGCCACAUUUACGAUUGUUUUACGAGUUUGCACAAGGUUGGCUUCAGUCGAGCAUGCCAAGCAAGCUCAUGCUGGGCUGGUUCGUCAUGGCUUUGGGUCAGAUAUAAUAGCCAAUACAGCACUUAUUGAUUUCUAUAGCAAAUGGGGCAGGAUAGAAGAUGCGAGGAAUGUUUUUAAUAAGAUGCCAAAAAAGAAUGUCAUAUCUUGGAAUGCCUUGAUAGCUGGAUAUGGUAACCAAGGGAGGGGAGUUGAGGCUGUUGAGUUAUUUGAUAAAAUGGCUUAUGAAGGAAUGGUUCCCAAUCAUGUUACUUUCCUAGCUGUUUUAUCUGCUUGUAGCUAUUCUGGUUUGACAGAUUUGGGAUGGGAGAUAUUUGACUCGAUGAGAAGAGACUACAAGGUAAAGCCUCGACAAAUGCACUAUGCAUGUAUGAUUGAACUGCUAGGCCGAGAAGGGCUUUUGGACGAAGCCUGUUCAUUGUUAAGAGAUGUUCCGUUUAGGCCAUCGUUGAACAUGUGGGCUGCCUUAUUGACGGCAUGCAGAGUCCACGAGAAUUCUGUUCUUGGAAAAUUAGCAGCCGAGAGACUUUAUGAAUUGGGACCUAAAAAGCUUAGCAACUAUAUAGUGCUUUUGAACAUCUAUAAUAGUCUGGGGAAGCUAGAAGAAGCGGCAGCUGUUGUUCAGACACUGAAACGAAAAGGUUUGAGAAUGAUGCCUGCAUGUACCUGGAUAGAGAUUCAGAAGCAGCAAGUAGUUUUUUACUCUGCAGACAAGCACCACGCCCAAACCAAGGAGAUAUAUGAGAAUCUAGAUAAUUUGAUGCUUGAGAUAUCAAAGCACGGCUAUGUUGCCAAGGAAAGGACUUUGCUUCCUGAUGUGGAUGAAAGUGAGCAUAAAUUACUACCUUAUCACAGUGAAAGGUUAGCAAUUUCUUUUGGCCUUAUAAACACCCCAAGUGGCAGUCCAUUACAACUGGUACAGAGCCAUAGAAUAUGCAAUGAUUGCCAUAAUGCAAUUAAACUCAUAGCCAUGGUUACAGACCGAGAAUUUGUUAUCAAAGAUGACAGCAGAUUUCAUCGGUUCAAAAAUGGAAGGUGCUCCUGUGGAGACUACUGGUGAUGAGUAGGAACUACUAAUCUGAUCAUUUUUGGUGUCAGCAUGACUUACAUUCUCUGUGAAUCUUUUCUCAGCUUUUCAGUAUCUUAAAGGAUCUGAUGCAUAUAAUUAUUCAUUCUCAUGAAUCCUGGGCAGAAAAUAGAUUCAUUAGAAUUGAUUGCUUUAGUCAAGAAGGCACAAUUAACAGUUCGUCGGUUACUCUCAAUGUGGAUGGUAUUCUGUCCCUCCAUUUCUAAUCUGAGUAUUUCUGCUAGAAGGCAUUAAAGUGAAGUUACAAACUUCCGUGUUUACAAGUCUGAAUUCUCUAGGUCAUAGCAGGCUGAGCUAGUUUGGUUCAUCUUAAAAUUUUUGGUUGGUAGAACAUUAGUGUAGUUAAGAAAGUUGUCUCAAGCCAACUUGCUUCAGUAGUCAUCCAUUCUAAAAUGGAUUAUCUAUGUGACUAUGUAGAAGUUGCGUGAUUUAUCAUUCUUUUAAAGUUAUAUAAUACUAAACUUUUGUGGUU